CUGUCAAGUUGUACAAUUUUUUUUUUCUGCUGCACAAUUUCGUACCGAAAAUAUAAUUCAACAAAUAGGGAAACUGUACGUAUCAACUUUAUAAGACAUUCUUGAUCUACGUAGCCCAAUAUGUCGGACUCAGAAGUCAGUAAUAUGUCCGAUAGUGGAUCAGAAGAUGGAUCCAUUUCCAACAAGUCGCAACGCAGCGCCAGAUCCAAGUCAAGGUCACGAUCAAGGUCCGGUUCCAGAGGAUCUCGGUCAGUUUCUAGAUCCAGAUCCCGCUCUCAAUCGGGGCAUUCGAGAUCUGGCUCUGAAUCUCCACAGAGACGCGACAAGAGUGAUGAAUCUGGAGAGGAGGAGGAGGAGCCACCAGGGGAGGAUAUUGAUUCCGAGGAGUAUGAUGAGGAAGAGAAUGAUGAUCAUCCUAGAAAAAAGAAGAAAAAGGAGCGCUUUGGUGGCUUCAUCAUUGACGAGGCCGAAGUGGACGAUGAGGUCGAUGAAGAUGAAGAGUGGGAAGAGGGGGCCAAUGAGAUUGGAAUUGUGGGCAACGAGAUUGAUGAACUGGGACCCACGGCCAGGGAUAUUGAAAUUCGACGACGAGGCACAAACCUCUGGGACACCCAAAAAGAGGACGAGAUUGAAGAGUACCUCCGAAAGAAAUACGCUGACGAGUCUAUUGCUAAACGUCACUUUGGAGAUGGCGGUGAAGAGAUGUCUGAUGAAAUUACCCAGCAAACUUUAUUGCCAGGCAUCAAGGAUCCAAAUUUAUGGAUGGUGAAAUGUCGAAUAGGAGAGGAGAAGGCAACAGCUCUUCUCCUGAUGAGGAAGUUCUUAACAUACUUAAACACAGAUGAUCCACUGCAAAUCAAAUCGAUCAUUGCACCAGAGGGUGUCAAAGGCUACAUUUAUCUGGAGGCCUACAAGCAGACCCAUGUUAAAACAUGCAUUGAAAACGUUGGUAAUCUCAGGAUGGGCAAAUGGAAGCAAGAAAUGGUGCCUAUCAAGGAAAUGACGGAUGUUUUAAAAGUGGUCAAGGAGCAGGUUGGCCUCAAGGUCAAGCAAUGGGUGCGCCUAAAGCGUGGCCUCUACAAGGAUGAUAUUGCACAGGUGGACUACGUAGAUCUGGCUCAAAACCAAGUGCAUCUCAAGCUGCUGCCACGUAUAGACUACACACGUAUGCGUGGAGCCUUAAGGACGACUGCAACGGAGAGUGACGAUAGCAAGCGUAAGAAGAAACGCCGUCCUGCAGCAAAGCCUUUUGAUCCAGAGGCAGUAAGGGCAAUUGGAGGCGAAGUCCAUUCGGAUGGUGAUUUCUUGCUCUUCGAGGGAAACCGAUAUUCCCGAAAGGGUUUUCUCUACAAAAACUUUACCAUGUCAGCCAUUCUUUCAGAAGGUGUGAAGCCCACUCUGGCCGAGCUAGAACGUUUUGAAGAAUCUCCGGAGGAGGUAAACUUGGAAAUAAUGGGCACCGUCAAGGACGAUCCCACUUCAGCUCACUCAUUCUCAAUGGGUGACAAUGUUGAGGUUUGCGUGGGAGAUUUGGAGAACUUACAGGCCAAGAUUGUGGCUAUUGACGGCACGAUGAUCACUGUCAUGCCCAAGCAUCAAGAUCUUAAGGAUCCUUUGAUUUUCAAAGCCAGUGAGUUGCGCAAGUACUUCAAGACAGGAGACCAUGCCAGGGUAUUGGCCGGCCGUUAUGAGGGCGAGACUGGUCUUAUUAUUCGCGUUGAACCCUCAAGAGUAGUGCUUGUCUCUGAUCUAACCAAUCAUGAGUUAGAGGUGCUGCCCAGGGACUUGCAGCUGUGCUCAGAUGUGGCCACUGGUGUCGAUUGCCUCGGCCAGUUCCAAUGGGGAGAUUUAGUGCAACUUGACUCUCAGAAUGUGGGCGUCAUCGUGCGAUUGGAGCGGGAGAACUUCCAUGUUUUGGGAAUGAAUGGCAAGUGCAUCGAAUGCAAGCCAACUGCGUUGCACAAGCGAAGGGAGAACCGUAAUACGGUUGCUCUAGAUGCCGACCAGAAUCAGAUUCGCCGGAGAGAUAUAGUUAAGGUGAUGGAGGGUCCCCAUGCUGGACGUUCCGGCGAGAUCAAACAUCUGUAUCGCAGUUUGGCCUUUCUUCAUUGCCGCAUGUAUACGGAAAACGGUGGAAUCUUUGUGUGCAAGACCCGACAUUUGCAGUUGGCUGGAGGCAGCAAGACAAACGUUAAUAAUGCUGGCACUCUGGGUGGCUUAGGCUUUAUGUCACCGCGCAUUCAAUCACCUAUGCAUCCAUCUGGGGGUCGUGGCGCACGAGGAGGUGCGCGUGGCGGCCGAGGCGGUUUCCGUGUAACUCGUGAUCGAGAGAUUUUAGGAAAAACCAUAAAAAUUAGUGGCGGACCUUACAAAGGCGCUGUGGGAAUUGUUAAGGAUGCAACAGAGAGCACAGCUCGCGUGGAGCUGCAUACCUCAUGUCAGACGAUUUCGGUAGAUCGGAAUCACAUUGCCAUCGUUGGAGUUACCGGAAAGGAGGGCAGUGUCUCCACGUAUGGACGCACUCCAGCUCGUACACCCGGUUACGGAGCCCAGACUCCCAGCUAUACCGCUGCCGGGUCGAAAACUCCGUUGGUUGGCAGCCAAACCCCCAACUGGGAUACGGAUACUCGUACUCCUUAUGGUACAAUGACACCGUCGCACGACGGCAGCAUGACGCCUCGUCAUGGAGCUUGGGAUCCUACUGCAAACACAACGCCGGCCAGGAACAACGACUUCGAUUAUUCCCUUGAAGAACCCAGCCCGAGUCCUGGCUAUAAUCCAAGUACUCCGGGCUAUCAGAUGACUUCUCAAUUUGCCCCUCAAACUCCGGGCACUCUUUACGGAUCGGAUAGGAGUUAUAGUCCUUUCAAUCCUAGCCCCAGUCCUGCUCCGUCCCCCUAUCCGGUUGGCUAUAUGAACACUCCGUCGCCAUCGACCUAUUCACCCAAUACUCCGGGUGGCAUACCGCAGUCCCCGUAUAAUCCUCAGACACCUGGAGCAAGUCUGGAUUCGUCAAUGGGCGAUUGGUGUACUACGGACAUAGAAGUUCGAAUUCAUACACACGAAGAUACUGAUCUUGUUGGACAAACAGGCAUCAUACGAACCGUUUCCAACGGCGUGUGCUCUGUUUUCUUACGACAGGAGGAUCGCAGCGUGUCCGUAGUAAGCGAGCACUUGGCUCCAGUGCCACCAAAUAGUGGCGAUGAAUUCAAGGUAAUUUACGGAGAGGAGCGCGAGUCUGUGGGCAGAGUGCUGUCCAAGCAGGAGGGCGACGUCCUCGUCUGCAAAAUAAAUGAUGAUGUAAAGAUGAUACCGGUAAACCACCUCUGCAAGAUGAAGUCUAUUGACUAAGCUCUGAAAAGAAAUUAAUGCUUCAAGUCUUCAAAUUCUUCAUUUAAAAUUUUAUGCAUAACAUGGAUUCAAAUAAACUAUUAUCGAUGUUUAAUAAAAGUUAACGACUCAGAAUAAAUUAUAAUAUGAUACCGUUAAA